AUGUGCUUGUGCUCGACGACUUGGUUCCACACAGAGGAGAAGAAGAAGAAGAAGAAGGAGAAGAAGAAGAAGAAGAAGGAGAAGAAGGAGAAGAAGAAGAAGAAGAAGAAGGAGAAGGAGAAGAAGAGUUUUUAUCGAGGGACUACUAGAAACAUCAGCCAAUGA